AUGACCAUCGACCCACUCAUGCUCCGUGUGCUGCUGAACGCAGUGCAGGACUCUGGGAGCACGGAAGUUAGCUUCCCGGUGCAGCUCUGCCUGGUCGGUGCACUGAGCCUUUCAAUGCUAGUGCGUGUCACCUGCAUGGAAAUCUGUUUCUUUGCCUCUGGUCGCGUCCAGAACAAUGUCCGUUCGGUACUGGUGCAUGCGAUUUUUCGCAAGUCACUCUGCGUACCAGAUCACGAGCUGGAUGUCGGGCGCAUUUCCAACCUCAUGGCCACGGACGCGGACAAGAUCGGCAAGUGGUCUUCCUUGCUCUUUUCCCUGUCACAGUGGUCUUGGACAUUCGCUUCCUUACCCUUUCUCGUCUACUUCCUCUACCAGUUGGUGGGCUCUGCCGCGUUCAUUGGUACAGCUAUGGUGGUGCUAGGGGCCGGCAUUUCCCGCGGCCUGGGGAGAUGUCUGCAAUCCUGGACAAAGGUGGUCCAAGAGUGUCGCGAUCACCGUGCCAGCUUGAUGAGCGAGAUGGUUCGGGGAAUCCGGACGGUGAAGCUCCAGGUUUGGGAGCCUGUAUGGCAGUCCCGCUUAUCUGCGGCCAGGAACGCGGAGAUGAAGGCAAUUGUUCGAGUUCGUAUCCUGGGAGCCUUCAACACCCUAGUGGGCUCUGUGUUGAGUGUCAUGGUGCCAGUGAGCAUCUUCGCCUGGUACACUGUCGUACGUGGCGAGAGGCUGGAUGCUGCGACGGCAUUCACAACUCUGGCUUGGAUCUCCACAUUGCAGUGGUCCGUUCAGGCUUUGCCCGGUAUUUACCGUGCAGUGGCCAAUUUGAAGCCGAGCUUCGAUCGCAUCGACCGCUUCCUGACCACUCCCAUUACUACCCCCCAGGCCUCGUUUCGGGAGAGGGACGUGGAUGGUGUGCACGGCGUGGAAUUUGUGCGACCGUGGCACGAGGAGCCCUGGCUGAGUGCAAGCUCUUUCCAAGGCCUUGCAGCUUGCACCGGCAUUGCCGUGGACGUCCAGAAUGCGGCUUUUGGCUACAGACACUGGGAUGCGAAUGCGAACUUACAGGAAACUUGCAUUUUAGAGCAGGUGAGCUUCCAGGUUCCAAAGGGCAGCUUUGUGAUGAUUGCUGGGCCAGUCGGCAGCGGGAAGAGCACUCUAUUGGCUUCUUUGGCAUGCUCACGGCCUCCUCUUCGUGGCCAGUGUCACGUGAGUGGGCACAGGGCCUUCGUUUCCCAGAAACCCUUCCUUCUGAACGGCACGGUGAAAGAGAAUAUCCUCUUCGGACUCCCACUGGAUGAAGACAAAUAUGCAUCUGCGCUGCGCAUGGCAGCGCUUGUAGAGGAUUUGGGCAGCCUUUCAAGCGGUGAUGCGACCCCGGUUGGUGAAAGCGGAGUGCAGCUAUCGGGUGGACAGAAGGCUCGAGUGGCGCUGGCUCGCGCUGUGUAUUCAAACUCGGAGGUGGUCUGCCUGGAUGAUGUCCUCAGCGCUGUUGACGCGCACACUGCUCGCUACAUUUGGGACAGCUGCCUCAUCGAAGGGCUUCUUCGCAACAAGAAGACUGUUAUCUUGGUGAGCCAUCAAAUUCAGUACCUUUCACGCCCGGAGGUGGACUCUGUCAUCAUGCUUCGGAACGGCCAGCUGUGGCUACACGGACCAUGGAGCGAAUUGGCGAAAAGCGGUGAUGUUUUCCUGCGCCUCGUGCAGGAGUGGGACAUUGCCGAAUCGGAAGAAGCUUUGUCCCGGCAGUCAUCAUCGAGCUCCUUGUCAGAGACACUCGAGAGGGAGCGCAAUGCUGAUGAGUUGAUCAGUCUUGCAGAAUGCCAGUCUGCUGUGGGCUCCGUGCUGGGAGCCUUGGAGGGACGCCGCAUUGAUGCAGCUUUGAUCCGCAGCGUCCGAGAAACCCUCAGUGGAUCUGCAGACCUUCAGACCGAUCUCAUCCGUGAAGGAAUGAUCUCUUGGCCAGACUUCCGACUAUACCUACAAGCCUUCGGUUCCAGAUGCGUGAUCACCCUCAUGCUUUGCGUAAUGGUUUUCUCCGCUGUGAGCCAGAUCCUGAGCACUUUAUAUCUUGCUGAAUGGACUAGUGGCAAAGAGUCGGCGACUGAGCAAGAACACAACGUUCUGAUUUAUUUCCUGAUCAGCAUCUCGACAGCCUUGGCAAACUGCACCCAAGCGAUCCUGCUUACAGUGUGCGCUCUCCGUGCAUCUCGCAGCAUCCAUAGCGACAUGCUGUGCAAGGUCUUGAGUGCGCCCAUGUCCUUCUUUGACUCUUCGCCUACUGGUCGCAUUCUGAACCGUUUUCUGCAAGACGUCCAGAACAUCGACAAUUUCCUGCCGGAUUCGAUCUCGGACCAGAUCAUGAAGACUUUGACGAUUGUGACCCAGCUCUCCCUGGUCUACAUCGAGGCUCCCUGGGUACUAUGCAGCUUGCCGAUCCUCGCCGUACCCUACUCCAUGAUCUACAAGCGCAUGCGAAUUCCGAACCGCGACUCGCGCCGCUUGGAGAGCGCAGCCCGGAGCCCGGUCUACACCCAUUUUGGCGAUACGCUCCACGGUCGGGAGACCGUCCGGGCUUUUGCGGCUGAGGCUCGCUUCGAGAAGGAAAACUUGAGGCACAUCAGCACAAUGGCCCAGGGGCUGUAUGGCAAUCAAGCGGUUGGAAAGUGGGCACAGGCGCUGACUACGCAGUGGGGCUGCAUUUUGUACUGCAUCUCGGCUUUUGUGUGCGUGGAGCUAUCCCGGCGAGGGCUUAUGCAAGCGGGUCACAUGGGCCUGGUGCUCCUUUAUUCUGCACAACUACAGCGGGGCAUGAUGGACUACAUGAUGGGGGCCGCUGAUGUUGAGACGAAGUUUGUGUCCGUGGAGCGAGUCGCAGAGUAUCUGCGCCUUGAAGAGGAGAGUUGCCGCAAUGAGGGGGACGAGGAGGCGCGUGCCAUGCUCGGGACUGCUUGGCCCAGCCAGGGAGAAGUGCGUCUGGAGGCUGUGACCAUGCGCUACCGGCUCCAUCGCGCACUGGUACUUAAAGGAGUCGACCUGUUCAUCCCUGGCAAAGCCAAACUCUCAUUUUGUGGACGCACCGGCUGUGGGAAGAGCUCUCUAUUCAGUGUGCUGAACCGUUUGUACCCACUUGCGUCUGGCCGUGUACUGAUUGAUGGAGUGGACAUCAGCCAGCUGUCGCUGCAGACUCUGCGAAUGAGCAUCCGCGUAGUGUCGCAAGAGGCCUUCCUUCUCUCUGGCUCCUUGAGGCAGCAUCUGACCAUGGGCUCGAGUGAGCACGAUGAUGAGGUGCUGUGGCAUUGCUUGUCUGCCGUUGGUUUGGCAGAGAAGGUGCGCUUAUUGCCUGGGAGCUUGGAUUUCCGUGUGGACAUUGCUGGUGGCAACUUCUCUGUGGGAGAGCGGCAGCUCCUGACGCUUGCGCGUGUCCUUGUGCCAAGCAUCCCCUGCAGCCUCGAGGAUUGGGCACCUCCACGCAUGCUUCUCUGCGACGAGGCCACGGCAAACAUCGAUGUCCUUACGGAUGAGAAGGUGCACCAGGUGGUGCUGGAAAUGGAUGCGACGGUCAUGAUGAUUUGCCAUCGGCUUCAGCACAUCGCUCGAUUCCAACAAGUAGUGGUGCUUGAUGCUGGUCUGGUGGUUGAGCAGGGCUCGCCAGAGGAGUUGCUGGACUCUGACAGGAGGCCAAUCUCCCACUUGGCGCGCCUUUGUGCUGCGGCGGGCCUCUGA